UCUCUAUUCUCCUUCCGCUUCGCCCCCAAAGUUUUAUUUCGCCCCCAAAGUUUUAUUCCUGCUUGCUUUCUUAUUUGGUGUCUUUGUGCUUGGGAUUUGGGCAACCCAAUCUACGCUCUCUGUCGUUCAGAUCCAAUCGUCUUCUUUUCCCUCUUAUCUCUUCUUGCCUUGAUUAAUGGCGGAGGAAUUGGAGUACCGCUGUUUCAUUGGUGGCCUAGCAUGGUCAACCUCUGAUAGAGGUCUAAAAGAUGCAUUUGAAAAGUUUGGAAAGCUUCUCGAGGCCAAGGUGGUUGUUGAUAAGUUCUCUGGACGAUCUCGGGGAUUUGGUUUUGUCACUUUUGAUGAUAAGAAAGCUAUGGAAGAAGCAAUUGAAGCAAUGAAUGGAAUGGAUUUGGAUGGACGAACUAUUACUGUUGAUAAGGCUCAGCCUCACCAAGGUUCUGGUAGAGAUUACGACAGUGACCGCAACCGUGAUCGUGGUCGUGACCGUGGGCGUGAUUUUGGACGUGGUGGAUCUGGUGGUGGAGAGUGCUUCAAGUGUGGCAAACCUGGCCAUUUUGCUCGGGAGUGUCCUAGUGAAGGUGGAAGAGGGGGCAAGUAUGGUGGUGGUGGUGGUGGUGGUGGUGGUGGUGGUGGUAGAGAUGACAGGUAUGGUGGAAAUGGUGGUGGCAGUCGUUAUGGUCCUGACCGAAAUGGAGAUCGAUCUGGUGGGCGCCAUAGAGAUUCUGGCAGCCAUGGAGGAUCAGGAGCUGAUCGUUUUAGUCGUGAUCGCUCUGGACCAUAUGAACGUAGGAGCACAGGAGGAGGUUUUCGUUCGGGAUAGUAGUUGCUUAUAAAACUGCCGAGGAACUACUGUUGCUGCGCCGUUCAUUAUCAAUGUUGGCAAAGGGUUGGAGUUUCCUUUUACAAGAUGUUUCUUGUGAUGAUUGUCUUGGGGAAUCAGUGUAGUAAAUCAGUACUUGAAAUGCGAACUUGGCACAAGUGUUCAACUGUUUUUUGUUCCUAAAAUGCUGAAUUUGAAGUUUUCGUCGUGUGCAAUCUUAUGCUUACUUGACACAUGAUAUGUUCCAAUCUGGUCUUAUACUCUGUGAUUUGCGCUACUGCUGCUUGAUUUCUCUACCCUUCAUGCAUUAUUGAGUACCCAUGUCAUUGCUACCCGGUUCCCGUUGACCAUCCUCCAUAUGCAAUUGCAGUAUUGGAAGGUUGACUUGUAGUAGUUAUUCCGAGAAUGAUGAUGAGGGGUUUGUUAUUUGGAGUUUGCUUCUUUCACUUGGAAGAACUGGUCUUAAAAGUAGAAUGCCCGUUUUAGCUAUCCUGUUUUCGGUAUCUUACUGAGAAAAAGGAGUCAAACGGGACACGCUUGGCUAGUUAUGGUCUUUUUGGAUACAUGAUUGGCUUUCUUUGUUACUAAUUGGGCAUGCAUGGUUUUAAACUUAAAAUUCGAAAGUUUUUUUCAGCUGCAACAAGUCCUCUGCAAUUUGAUUGGACUUAAACCAUUCUGAAUCUUCUGAAUUGUGCACUGAUGAGGGAAUUCCGCUAUGCGUAAACCUGUGGCAGUUUGUGUGGAAACUCUUGAUGAGUUUUAUCAACUGCUGUAUAUCCCUUUGUUCAUUUUAUGGGUCCUUCUUUCCACGUUGCACUUUGGGGGGGAGAAAAUCAGGUCUUGCUUUGUUUCCCUGCACACCUGCAUUAUCUUGGUCUUGUUUGCUGAGACAAAAGGAUUCGACAUUAGUUCUUGUUCACUUUGAGAGCAGCAUUCAUCAUCAAACUCGAUCCUCCUUUUGGAAAAUUGCCGUCUUGAUCCCUAAAUAUUUGCUAGACGCCAAUGAAAUAAUUUUGUUCAUUUACUCCUAGAAUCUAUUAUUGUUACUUUGCAGGUAUGAAUCAUGAAAGCCCUAGCCUUCUUCCAUUGAAAUUGUUUCCGGCUUUUCAUGCUGCCUCAUCAUUUAGAUAUCAAUUUCUCUCCUUUUUAUUCUGUAUGAUAUCAUUUUUUUUUUUUUUAAUAGUUUGGGGGUGGAGGGUUUCUAACUAUAUAUCUUGUCAAGUGUGAAAUUACUGCGUAGGCUAUGUUUGGAACCACUAUUAUUUUCUUUUUCAAAUGUCCCACAUUAUCGAUUCUCUUGUUUUACGUGUGUCAAGGCUGGUUACUGCAAUGGACCCACCCUUGUAACAACAUAACUCACAGAGUGUGUUUCUGUAAUAGCAUGAAUCAUGCGUUUGCACCCAA